UAGAAUACUAUGGAAAACCGAUACGCGAUCUGUGGUUUGUUUAUAAAGUUUUAAAAUGAAUGUUUCUUUUUUAAGACAAUGUAUUUUUGUAAGUUACCGUAAUAAAAGGUUUUAUAAUUCAAUAUCUCAAAGACAAAUAUACAAGUGCCUCUUCUCGAAAACUAAUUAUUCGGUCAGUUACGCCAGUGGCAAUGAAAACGGGGCCUACUUUAGCUCCCUUAACCAUUGUAAGCGCCUAUAUAGCGAGGAUAAUAGACCAACAAACGCUUCCGCAAAAAAGUUACCUCCUUUGAUGGACUUUCCCCAACUUACGUGGCCGUCAUUUCUGAAAACCGUAAAGAACUUUUUACUGGUAACUUUUAUUAUCAGGCCCUAUUUUGAUGCUGAAUUUAGCCUGCCUGAUUUUAAUGUCGGAUCAAAGAAAGCCGUAGCGGUGGUAUCCAAAAAGUUGGCCAACGGAGAGAUUGCUUCAUUGAAAGGAUUGGUAACAUCGGAUAUUAUACCCACAUUAGAGAAAGGUGUUGCCUUAAUGACUUCGUCUCAGAGAGAACAGCUAGGUGUAAAUGAGGAAGAUAUCUAUUUCUCAUUUCCUUACCAAAUAGGGGUUAUAUUUAAUGAUGAAGAAUCUGCAGUUCAAAAAAGGUUUGUCGAAAUCACAAUGGUGUAUCACUGUUUAAAGGGCCUUGCCAUCAUGAAGGCAAGGGGGGAAGAACCUCCUAUUAAUAUGGGCAUGUUGCCAGAGUAUCAGUCGAGAAUAUCAAUAUGCAACUAUAGGUUUAUUAGGGAGUUUACAAAAGGAGUUGACGGAGAUUGGACAAUAAACUUUUUGAAUCACUUCAGACCAGUUGACAAUAUGUAAACCUAGACAUCCAAAUAAAAAAUUUUCUAAUGGAAACAUACAAUAUUACUAGGGUAUUCUUAACCUCCAAAACUUCUUUAAUAAAAUCAUGUUAACCUUGCAAUGCCUGUGCAACUUUGUUUCUCCUUGGCUAGUUUAAAAUGAAACUUUUGGAAUUGUCCACAUCUUAUACAGGCAGGGAUCCAUGACAAUUAAUUUUAAGAUAUGUCUAAUUUUUGUAUAAUGGUGUGAACACUGCUUGCUUCCUCUUUCAAAAAAGCAAUGUAGAAGUUCAAUUUUAUCAUACAAUUAAUAAUAACAAUCCAAAAAAUAAUAAAAUACACUGCAUAAAUCGCGAGGGUACCUAAAUUUGGUAAGUUACUUUGAACAUUUGCUACUGAAAGAAGAAAAACAAAAUGGGUAAAAUCAAGGUACUUUAUUAAUAAAAUGAAAAUUAUACAUGGAGUUUUUGAAACAACAAAACCUAAACCUAAUCCUCUCGAGAUCGAUAGCCAUAGUUGUAGUUUAUUUACACUCGACGGUCCGACGUUAACGCCACCGCGCACACUCCGAUCUGUUCAACAACAAAAUAUGAAUUAACUAAGAUCGGAUUUUCCCGACCGGUGAGAUUGAAGCAAAACAAAAUUGUUGUUAGUUCUAAAGUUUGUUUUACACUUGCCAGAUUAUUCGAAUUAAUCGGAUUAAAUUUCAACCAUGAACUGCAAAAAUGCAAUGUAAGCCAUACAACUUUAGCAACUUAGCAUCCCGUAUAAGCUCUAAAAAGAGACAGCUGGUUAGAUUCCAAUAUGGUCAACAAUCGACUGAUCAGUUGGAAUAAAUUCAUGAAUAGGCUCACCAACAACUUCACAUGUGCAGAACAAGCUUUAACAGGUAAAAAUUAACCUUAACGCUAACAAAAAAAAUACUCCUCGAGACGGUAAAUUGCCAAUAAACACCUAAAGUAUAAUAAUUCAAGCCUCCUCAGAGUUCCCUGCUAUUUAUUAUUUUUUAUGCGAAUAUCUGGUUACAAGGGUUAUAUAUAUCACAGUUGACUCCAUUUUGAAGAAUUGGCCAAAUCGUUCCGUCUGCGGCUACAACAUAUACAGGGGGUUUCAAAAUUAGACGCCGCUUUAUUCAAAGCGGGUAAUUUAUCAGGUCAUUUUACGAAAAAAUUUCUAGGAGGAAAUUGCACCAUUUCCAAAAUAUCGGCCCAAUUUUUUGAUUUUUUACCCCGCAAGAACAUUUGAACAAAUUGUUUGGUGUAUUUCAUUCCUUAUUUUUUUGAAAAUAUGCCAUAAAAUUGUUUAUUUUCUCUUUGAAAAGGGAAGACUAUAGGACAGAAAGUGAAAUG